AUGCCAAUGAAACUCGACGGAAGCUGCCAAUGUGGCGGCAUCGAAUUCACACUCCAGUCCCAAACCCCAGUGCCCUACCAACUUUGCGCCUGCAGCAUCUGCCGCAAAGUAGGCGGGUACAUCGGCGCCGUGAAUCUCGGCGGCAUCGCGGACAGCCUGAAGGUGCUAAAGGGCCAAGAUCUCAUAAAAAAGUACCGCGGCAUCAAAGAUCGCGGAACCCCGAAUGAGGAACGAUGCUCCUCUGAGCGGAACUUCUGCUCGAAUUGCAGCUCAAUGCUCUGGCUCUGGGAUCAUCACUGGCCAGAACUAAUCCAUCCUUUCGCAUCGGCUAUUGAUACUGAGCUGCCCGUGCCGGAUGAAAUGGUUUGUGUUAUGGCUGGGUCGAAGCCUGCGUGGGCGCGGUGGCCUGAGGGUAAGAAAAGUGUGCAUGAGCUUUAUAACGGGGAAACUAGUAUUGAGGGGUGGCAUAAGCAGCAUGGCUUGUUUGUAGAGUGA